AGGAUAUAUACACAAAACAGAUCCUCCCGGUGCCUAGUCUUAUCUCGGCCGCCGUCUCGCACAGUGUUUGACGUGUAUCACCCGAGUGCUCUUUUUAUUAUUUCCACUAAAAGAUUACAAUUUAUCUCACGACCACCUCCUCCCCCAUCAACAUAUCCUUCUCUGUGUGUAUACCGUGUGCAUUAUCAACAAGUUGCUCUGGUUGACGAACUGUCCCCGUUUCGGAACCUGCCUUCCGCCAAAGAUAUAUGUUUAUUGGUGCGUGCGUGCGUUCGCGUAAUCCUGUAUGCCGUCUAGGAGAAUUCCUUAUCCGUUUCCUAGCUUCGGAAAGAAUCCUAUUGGCUUCCAUCUCGGACUGGUUUUGCGUUGUACUUCUCCGUGGGUAUAGAUUGAAAGAAGAAACCAGUCAGGCAGCACUUUCCGCUGGUUGCGGCAAAAGUGGAUCCCCGAUUGGACUCGUAAUCGGCUGGCUCUAGGGACCUGUACUGCCACAGCUAUCGCGUGUGGAUGACAAAAUGAAUAAGAUAUGGGUUGCCUUCGCAGUGUUUGGCGCAAUAUCCAUUCUGCCCACGAACUGCCGGAUUGUUAAGAGGAGCUACUCGGAUCAGAGCGUACGCGGCUACCUAACGGAGAGGACAUGCUGGUGGAACGAAGUUUGCAAGGAGGAAUUUCAACAACUAUUUCGCUGUAGAUGUCCUCAGUGGUCCUACUGUAGGUCCCCGGGACGCUACUACAACGCAUUCUGUUCCAUGACAAACACCGGCUACAUAUGGACACAACCCAGCUGGGACUGGGAUACUGCCUGAAGCAUGUUGAAUUGCUUAAUACGCCUGUUAGUUAUAGGAAUGCUGUAGAAGUUUUACAUUGACCAUAGCAUGUUGCAAUUAGUUUGGUAAUAGCGAUUGAGUUCCUUCGUUUUACAAUGGAUAGAACAUCGUAGACAAUUUAUCCACACCCGCAGCGACCAAGUAGAUAAAAAUACAAACGCAUUCAUAGAGACCAAGUAUUUUAUAUAGAUUUAUAGGAGUAUAGACCAUAGGCUAGUGCGUUAUACACCGAACGAUUAUGCGUUUAUGUUCAAUGGUACGCUCAGAGGGACUAAAUCCCAACGAGUACCAAGGUUUGAACGAAAGACCAAAAAGAUCUUUAGAAUUGUUCAAACAUACUUUUAUCACAAGUUCGGCAUAUCAAUUGUUGAUUUGUUCAUUUGAAUAAAUUAUUCUAUCAACGAUUGCGUUCAACGAACAUAUCCCGGUAUGAACUAAAUUAUCAACGAAAAAAGCUUACAUUCAAUUCGGUUAGUUUAGGAAAGAACCAGUUUCCCACAUGUAUAUCCAAGUUUAAUGACCACAGCUUUACAGAUGAUUGACUAAGACGAGAAAAUAUCAAAACAUGUUUUACUGUCAGUAGAAUAGAAUACCGAUUUCGCAGUGAUAUAGAUAGAAGGAGAUCAAGGCAGGAAUUGCAGUUUGUUUGCAAAUGUUUCUCCAUUAUUGAAGUUACUUAUACAUACAUACAUAUAUGAAUAUCUUACACAUAUGAAAACGCAGUACAUACUGAUGUUACGCAAACUUAUAACGCAUAUUACACGAUGGUAUUUAGUGCCACAUAUAAGCAAUCAAUUUCUCUGAUUGCGAUCACACAAGCAGCUGAAUACGAUCAACACAACUACUCACAACCAGAUUUGAAAUAAAAUCAGUAUUGAUUUGAAAUGUUAAAGAA